AUGAAGCUAGAUGUAUCGUCCUCCUCUAAUCCAGACUAUAGUGAGUCUUCACUUUCCGAUGCAUUGAAUUCCGUGACAAACGCAGCGCGAGAUCAACUAGCAAGUGAAUUCUCUGUCGAUCCUGAUGACGAUGAAGCACAGAUCUCACAAAGGAAGAAAAUGGUCGAGCGACGACAGAAAACAUAUAGGGUUCAGCUCCCUCUGACUGCCGCCAGAAUCGAGGGAAAGUCAGACAUUCUGACAAUCGGAAUGAGUUUGUCACAGAUAAACAAAGGACGCGCCUUUGACGACAAAUGUUUGAAUUUGGACACUCUGGAAUUGGAGGAUCCGAAUAUGAUAAUGAACGAUGAGAAAUAUGACAGAUUUGAUGAGCAGGGAUCAUCACGGCGCAUUGAUGGCGAGUACAAAGGCGCAGUGGUUUCGUCUGUACUAAAAGGAGGGGCGGCAUGGACCGCAGGUGUUCGAGCAGGUGACAUUCUGCAAGCAACCUCGGCAACAAUGGGUAAUCAAAUGUGGCCAAAAAGCACGCUGGAAGGAGUUAGAUCAGCAAUGCUAUCGCGCAAAGCGACGUCGUCCAGCAUAGCAAUGGAGUUCCAGCGGAUAGGUGACGCAGAAGACAACCAAUUUGAAUUGUCGCUGUCGAAACCGAUUGGGAUGCAACUGAAGGAAACCGACGAUGGCUUUGUCGUUGUCACAGGUUUAACAGAGAAUGCGCCAACGCUUGUACGAUAUGCUGUGAAAGUUGGUGAUCGGGUACUUGCAGUGGACUCGUCUCUUGGGGGAAAGAUGUGGCCAGUAUCCACUGUCGAAGGAGUAGUUUCAGCCGUUACCGCAAGGUUACCGGGACAGGAGAUCACGUUCCGAUUUGAACGCCCAACUGAGAAUAUGGAAGAUCAGGGUGAUAAGGCAGUGGAAUCGGUCGUCCAAUCUUCGAACGGAAUGAAAACUGCCACGAAAUCGAAAUUGAAUAACGAAGAGCUGCUAAAGAGAUGUCGAGGAAUCAUCAAAAAAUACAAAAAUUCGGAAGGUAGCAAGUCUAGUUUCGUUGGGAAAUAUGAUGUUCCUGGCCUGAUUGCUGAUAAGGUGCUGGAGGCGCUCUCUACCGCAGAAGCAAAGGUUGACGCAGUUACACUUUCGAUGAUCAUGGGUGCAUACCUCUCGUGUAAACAGGCAAAUAAAGCCGUCGAAGUUUUUGAAGAUGCUACUGGGUUCAGUGCCAAUGGGUGCAACAAAGAAGUGACAACAGUUCCGAAUGGUAACGACGGCAAGAAAAUUGUAACCAACAGGGAAGCCCUUAACAUUUUCACUGUCAGCGCUUUGUUGAAGGCGCACGCAAUGGUUGGUGAUCUUGAUUCAGUAGAAAGAGUGUUGGCAGCUGUUGAGGGAAGAGCAGGCGUGGAUAUCGCAGGACUUCCAAGUGCGGAUUGGCCAGGGACUGGUGUUGAUGGAUCACUGACACCGGAUACACGAUGCUACAGCAUUGCACUUUCAGCUGCUGCAAAAUCAAAAGGAAGAGAUGGCUUGAAAGUGGCACUGCGCAUUUUCGAUGAUAUGGCUGAACCAAAUCAAAAGAAAAGUCCAAAGCAAAAAGACUUGGUUUCCUACAAUAUAAUCCUUAACGCCCUGACAACCCGUCAUAGGUAUCAAGAGGCAGUGAAUCUUUUCUACCAAAUGAAGCGUUUGGGAAUUAAGCCCGACAAGUUCAGCUACACGUCACUGAUGAAGGCGAUUGCCUCGGAUAUUGACGUUGAAGGUGACAUCGAGGAAGUCAUAUACGACAUGAAAGAGCAGGGUGUUUCACCCGACAUUGUCACUUUCAACACGGCAAUUAGAUCCUUGUGCGCGCAGCGUAGAAUAAUUGCAGCCAAGAGAAUGGUUGCAAUGAUGGAAGACUGUGGGGUUUCUCCUGACUCCAUGACGUAUGGAUACUUGAUGAAGAGUUUGAUAGAUGCGGGAAAAGCUUCUGCAGCGUUGACUCUCUUCGAGACUGCAUGUUCCGAGCGUAAAACAGUGGCUCUAACAGAAAACCCAUAUCUAUAUACAACUGCAAUCUCUGCAGCUGCCUCACUGAGAGACCAUGAACGAGCACUUGAGCUUUUGACUAGGAUGUCGUCGAUUGGAAUUCAGCCAAACUUGAAGACUAUGACAGCAGCAAUGGGAGCGUGUCUUUCUGCUGGGAAAACCGACUUGGCAGCUGGGAUUUUCAUGAAGAUUAAGAAUCCUGACGGCUACGCUUUGACACAAGGACUAGAAGCAUUGUGUGAGUCGGGUGAAACAAGCAAAGCGUUGAGCAUAAUUUCCCAGAACCAAGGAAGUCGGGGUUUGCUGAAAGGGAAGUUGCUCAUGAAGUCAUUCAAAACAAUAAUCUCCGUUUCUCUGAAACGAGAUGACUUUGGUAUGGCACGUGAGGCACUUACAGCACUAAUCCGAGGUGGCAAUCUUCCCUCAAGGGAAAUCUACGAGGCAUGUUUCGAGGCAAUGGAGCUGUUUCCAAAAAGAAGAAAAGCGUUCCAAGUUGCAGGGGAGGCCGACGAAUUUGCAACUCAAAAGUUCCAAUUCUUACUCUUCCUCUUGGAUUCUAUUGCAGGUAGAAGGCUGCCCUGUGAAGGAUCCCUCUACUCUGCCGUUCUGACUUAUGGAUUCACCAUCGGUGGACUUCCAAAGAAAAUAUCAACAAUGCUCGUUUCGGCUAAAACCGAUUUUUCCAAUGACAAGAAGUUGAUUGACGACGGAGAUGAGACUGUAAUUGUUCCAUUUUUUUCAAAUUGGGAAGAAUUGUUUUUGAAGUACAAUGCGAUGAAGAAAAGAAUUGCCACAGAUGGGCUUCCCGAGCUCAUCGUCAGAGUAUCAAGCCGUGACACUCGAGCUGUUUUGAAGGCUGAGAAAAACCUGACUUUCAAGCGGACACAAUUGGUAUGA